GAAUAUGAUCUUAAAAAACAGUAAUUUCCGUUUGGAAGGCAAUGUCGAGAAAGUAACAGUGAGGUCCAUAAGCUUUGAUGGGAAGGAGAGGAAGAUGAUCAUGAGAACAGUUUCCUUCAAGAAAGAAGAAGAUUCAGAUACGAUUUCGAAACCUGAUGGGUCUGAUAAGAUGGUAAUUGAAGAAUCAAUAAGUUUCAAGAACGGGAAACACGAAAACAUGAAAUUCGAAGCAACGGUUUCUUUCAAGGAUUUAGUUUUAAGAGAGCAAGAAUUUGGAUUAGGUGCUUCGAGGAGUAAUAAAGAUAAUGACUCUGUUCGAAUACAGAAACCAAAGAUUUCUGUUCCUGAACAACAACCAACUUUAUUUUUUUCUCCAAGGCCGGUAAGCGAGCUUGAUGCGGCUGCAGUUAAGCUUCAGAAGGUAUAUAAGAGUUACAGGACAAGAAGAAAUCUUGCAGAUUGUGCUGUUUUGGUAGAAGAGCUCUGGUGGAAGGCAUUAGAUUUUGCAGCUCUAAAGCGGAGUUCUGUAUCGUUCUUUGACAUUAAGAGACCAGAAACUGCUAGUUCACGUUGGGCAAGGGCCAAGACUAGAGUUGCCAAGGUGGGAAAGGGUUUAUCUAAAGAUGAGAAAGCUCAAAAGCUAGCUUUACAACACUGGCUUGAAGCUAUCGAUCCACGCCAUCGUUAUGGACACAAUCUACACUUGUAUUACGAUGUGUGGUUCAAUAGCGAGAGUACCCAACCUUUCUUCUAUUGGUUGGAUGUGGGGGAUGGGAAAGAAGUAAAUUUGGACGAGUGCCCGAGGGUGGAUUUACAGAGGCAAUGCAUCAAAUACCUUGGACCCAAAGAGAGGGAAGCAUAUGAAGUGAUAGUGGAGGGUGGGAAGCUAGUUUACAAACAGGAAGGGACACUUGUGGACACAGAUGAGAAGUCUAAGUGGAUAUUUGUUCUGAGUACAGCGAGGGCAUUGUAUGUUGGCCGGAAGAAGAAAGGUGUCUUCCAGCAUUCCAGCUUUCUAGCUGGAGCAGCUACCACGGCCGCUGGAAGAAUGGUAGCCCACAAUGGCAUUCUUGAGGCUAUAUGGCCUUACAGUGGGCACUAUCACCCAACAGAGGAGAACUUCAAGGAAUUCAUUAGCUUCCUCCAAGAAAAUCAAGUAGAUCUCACCAAUGUCAAGAGGUUCGCAAUAGACGACGACAGCCCAUCUUUCGUACUUAGAACAAAUGACGAAAUUAAACCAGAGUCAACGGAAGAGGAGGAGGAGGAGGAGGAGUCCACUAGAUCAACCGAUGUAACUGGAUCUACUACCCAAGAAGAAGAAGAAACGGAUGGUGCAGAUGCAAGGGCUAGCGAGUUGGAAGUAGGAGUUGAAGUAGGGGAAAUAAGAGUGUUCGACUUGAGCAAGCGUUUGUCGUGCAAAUGGAGCACUGGAGCCGGGCCACGUAUCGGGUGUGUUAGGGACUACCCGGCAGAACUUCAAUGCAGGGCAUUGGAGCAAGUCAACCUUUCGCCAAGGCUCACACCAGGUCCAGUUGGGGGAUGGGGGCCCAUUCCUUCCCCAAGGCCCAGCCCAAAGAUUCAUCUCUCACCAAGGCUUGCCUACAUGGGACUCCCCAGCCCAUCUCGCCUUCCUAUAUGCGGGCCCAUUCCUUCCCCAAGGCCCAGCCCAAAGGUCGCUCAUUAAUGUUAUAUAUUAUUGGGUCAUGGGCUUGGGUCUCUAAGGGCCCAUCUCGUC